UGUGAGAACAACAACUAUCCGCAACGAACUCUUUCUAGAAGCCGAACGGAUUCGUGCACAAUUGAUGGUGUGGAUAUACGAUCUGGAGUAUCUAAAAUUGCAAAGCUAUGGUCUGAUGAAACUGUUUUUGGGAAUCGAGCAGAAUUUGAGCUCAAUAAUAAUCCUUCGCAGUUAACCAUACGAAAUAGUCAAAUAUCUGAUACUGGCAUAUACAGAUGUCGGAUCGAUUUCGUAAAGGCGCAAACCUAUAAUAGUCGUAUGGUUUUGAUAGUGAUUGCCCUACCUAAGGAAAUCGUCAUAAGAGACGAGAACGGUGUUAAACGCUCAACUGUUGUCGGGCCGUACAAUGAAGGCGAGUUUAUAUUGCUUAAAUGUGAAGCCAUCGGAGGAAAUCCUCCGCCUACACUGGUUUGGCUUUUUGAAGACAUUCAAAUAGCAUACGAAAUAAGCACGGAUAUCUUGAACAAGUCCGUUCAAAGCUCAAUUAAAUUUGGACCACUAAAAAGAGAACAUCUUAAUAUGCGUCUAACAUGUCAAGCGCGUAGUCACUCAAAAGCAGCUAUUGUUGAAACGUUUGUCAAAAUAGAUAUGAACUUUCCUCCACUAAAUAUUCGCUUACUCGGUGCACGUCAAGCUCUUUCUGCAGGUCGGCGAUAUGACCUAUUAUGCCAAAGUGCUGGAGGGAGGCCGCCUGCCGUUAUAACAUGGUGGCAAAAUGAGUUUAGGUUGGAAAAAACAACUGAAACUGUAAGUUUGAAUUUAUAUUUACACACAAUAUAUUUCUAG